AUGGCUGUAGAAGAUAUCCCUACACCAUCAAUAUGGUAUUACGAUUUACUCAACUUCUUGAAGGAUCAAGAAACAACUAGAAGUUCAACAACUAAUAUUAAAACAGGAAACAAUAUUCGGUUUUAUGCACUAGGCACAAUGUUGAUAUCCGUAGCAGAUUUUGUUGGAGUGUCAAAAUCUACAGCAGGCAGAAUAGUGCAAGACACAUCAUCAGCUAUUGCGCAAUUAUAUGAUAAAUAUAAUGUCGCUCAUCGCAAGGAUGUGCAGACAAAUUCUAUAGAAUUGCUGGAUUUCCUUGUGUGCUUGGGGCAAUUGAUGGCACACAUAUCCGCACACAGUCUCCAUAGCCUAAUAUUCUUUAUUUUAACCGUUGAAUGUGAUGCAGGCCAAUUCGGAAAUCGCUGGUUACUUGGAGAUAGUGCCUAUCCAAACAGGCCAUAUUUGUUAACACCUGUUCUGAAUCCAGUUUCUGAAGCUGAACAUAGACGAAAGGGCGACAAGGAAAGUAUGGAACACAAAUAUGAUAUGAACAUUAAUAAAUUAGUAGCAGAGGCUACAGGAGUGUCUGCCCGCACCGUAAUGCGAAUUGUAGCUGAAGGAAAUUCGAGUCUACAAACAUCGGAAAUUGCAAAAUUUUCAUCUCCGCGGAAACCUAAAGAAAUAAAAAAGAGAAUCCAGAUUGAUGAUUUUGACAUGGGAGUUAUACGAAGAAAAAUUCAUCAAUUUUAUACUAGUGAUAAGAAAAUCCCAAGUAUUCGUAAGCUGCUUGCAGUUUUAAAAGAAGAUGGCAUUGUGAACUGCGGUUGUACCUAUUUACGACAGCUUUUACAUAAGAUGGGAUAUUUAUUUAAAAAAUGUAAAUCUAAGAGACACAUUUUAAUUGAGAGGCCCAGUAUUGCUGAAUGGAGAGUAAGAUGGCAAAAGUGUGACGACCACGUACAGAAAAUCGAGAACCAAUAUUGGGACCACGAUAUGAGGUUUGACAAUGUAAUAGACGAGUUGAUCAUAAACCUGGGAAACGAUUCAGAUUCUGAGGAGGAUAUGGAAAUUGAAGACAUGUAUAGUAAUGAAGAAGACGAAGAUAUGGAUUAA